UGUGGCGCGCCAUCUUGGAUUUCCCCUUCAUCCCCUCUGCAGUUCCCCCACCCUUGAACGCGGAGCACGAAACGCGAACCACUUGACCGGAGCGGGGAACAGGAAAAUGAAUCAUCAUGGCCAAUAUUGAAGAAGGAUUCGCAGGAGAUGGCAAGGGUCGCCGAGUGAAGAUGGCUUGAGUGAUGGAUUCGCCCCCUUUGUCAGGAGGUCUGUCGUGGUCUCAGGGCUUCCCAUCCAGCGACGACAGCGGCCUCCUUUUGAUGAGCGGAUUCAGCGGUUCUUCGCUGUCCAGCGAGGAGAGCAGUGCGCCCAUGGAGGUGCAGGAGAGUGAAGAGGAGGCGGUGCGGCCGGAGAACGGGAUGAGCUGCGAGGACUUUGACACCCUGAAGAAGGUGCCUGUGGUGGCCGAGUGGCAGCAGCCGGUGGCGCCGCCGCCUGAGUUCCAGGACGCGCCUCGCAAGCGGCUGGUGGAGAAGUUCGCCAAGGGCCUGGUGGCCGACGUGAUCACGGACGCCCUGGCCGCCUCGAGCCAGAUCACGUGGGCCAUCGAGUGCUCGCACGAGUGCCACCCGAGCGCGUCCCUGCUGCGGCGGGGGCGGCGCAAGGACAGCGCGCCGCGCCUCUGCUGGACGCCCGAGAUCCCGUUCAGCCCGUGCCACCACCGGCCCGGCUCGGUCGGCUCGCUGGCCUCGUCGCGCCUCUCCAUCUCGCACAACUCGCUCAGCAUCCCGCGCACCAAGGCCGCCGACGACUCCAGCUUCAUCACCUUGGCCAUGUCGCACGACCUCCUGCUCGGCGACAUGAGCGAAAUCUACAACGUGCCCAUCGACAGCGACAUCUACACCCUGCCCGUCGACACCGUCCACCAGGACAGCGCCGACCACCGCAAGCACAAACGAAAGGUGCAUCGGAAGAAGCGACGGCACACCUCGAGCAGUUCCGAGACGGGUCACUCGGCGGCGACGAGCAGGCGGAGUCGUCGGAGCGGGCGAAACUCGGCGACAAGGGCGAGCGCCGAGACCCUGGAGGGCAGCAAGCGGCACUCGAUGCCGGCGACGUCGCGGCGGCCGGGGCCGUCGCACUCGAGCAACGAGUGCUCGGGCCGGUCCAAGGAACCGGUGCACAUGACCCUGCAGGAGGUGCGCGAGUACCUGCAGAACCUGUACUCGAGUUCCAGCGACUCGAUGGAGCGGCGCAGCGAGAAGCCGCGCGCCAGGCCCAGUUCCGAGCCCAAGAUGCCGGCGGCGGCGCCGCCGCCGGUGGUGCAGCGGACGACGCCCACCCUGCGCAAGGCCACCUUCAUCAACAGCAUCAAGAUGAAGAAGUCGAAGAGCAUCGAAGGGCGCGACGACAAACCCUCGCGCAAGUGCAGCAGCUUCUCCAACAGCAUCAAGCAGACCCUGUGCAGCAUCUUCAGGUUCAAGAAGGUGCAGGGCGGCGACCCUGACAAGCCCAAGCCGCAGGACAAGGUGAUCCAGGAGCCGCCGGCGCCCAGCGGGAUCGUCCUCGAGAGCGUCAACUACGGCGUCGGCGGAGGGGAGAACGCGAGGGCGCCCUUUUCGCACAGGGCCCUGCCGCCCCUGCCCCCCUCCACGCACAACAACAACAACGAUUUCCCCACCCUCGAGGUGGACGAGGAGGAGAUCCAGCUGCUGCGAAUCAAGGAGGACGACGCGCAGCCCCCGGAGCUGGCCGAGGAGAGCAACGUCGCCUUCGCCUCCAGCAUUCAGAAAGUCAAAGACUACGGCUGGUAUUGGGGUCCCAUCUCGGGAGAGGCGGCUGAGAAAGUCUUGUCAACUGAGCCCGACGGUUCGUUCAUCGUCCGUGAUAGCAGCGACCAGCACUACAUAUUUUCCUUGUCAUUCCGGCUGAAUGGGAACGUUCGACACGUUCGGAUCGAGCACGAUCAAGGAAACUUCAGUUUUGGGAGCUGCACAAAGUUCAAGAGUCACACCAUAGUGGACUUCAUCGAGAACGCCGUCGAACAUUCCCGCAGUGGCCGUUACCUGUUUUUCCUGCACCGACGCCCUGUUCUCGGCCCCAUGAGGGUCCAACUGCUGCACCCCGUGUCUCGCUUCAAGCAGGUUUCCAGUCUCAAGCACAUGUGCCGGUUUGUCAUACUAAAAAUGGUGAGGAAGGAUAUGAUCCCGGAAUUGCCGCUGCCUCGCCGAGUGAUCGAAUACCUGAGCACGCCGCACUACUACGUGGAGCAGCAGCUGGAGGAGGAGAACUCGGGCAGCAGCGGCUCCGACUUGUUAUCGUUUGUGCCGCACCGGCCUCUUUCCUGAGUGCGCCGCUCGCCCGGGAUCUAAAAAAAAAAAACGAGUUUCGCAGCUUUCGUAAAAGUCUUGUGUUGCUUCGAGCCGCUUGUGUGCACACUUUGCAAGUAUAAAAACAAUCAUUUCUUCUAAAGAAAGCGGCGGCAAUUUGCACAGUGACUGAGAUGUGAAUGCUUGACUCGGACCGUCGUUAAUAGUAAAAAAUUCCUCUGCAACGAACUCGCUGGCCUGUUCGGAAGAAUCAUUCCUUUUGGUUGUGGCGUCGAAUCCCUUUGUUAGUGAAAUCUAGUCAUGAUUUAAAAGCUUCCAUGUUUUGGCGCAUCUCACAGGAAUAAUUUUAGCCAACAAUGGUGAUUUACGUUAAUUUGCUAAAUCCGAGAGUGAGAUUGAUUUGUAAUUUAGUGUGCGUGCCGGCAAAGCUAAACUAAAGGAAGAAAACUACAUUAGCACUCUCUACGGUAAUUUCUAGUUGGUCAGUUACUAAUAUGGGCUUUGAAAUAUGCAGUUACGUAGCAAAAGAAAGAAAGAAAGCAUGUCUAGCUCGUAAGUAAUCAUACAAUUAUUAUUGCCAAUAAUCAUGUUUUGACCAAGGAAAUAUGUUUGUGAUAAAUACAUACCGUGCAUAACCAUCAUUUCCCGAUGAAAAUGUAAAAAAAAAAACGUGUUUU